GUCAUUAGGUUGCGACCAGCGCGGCCAGAUGAGGUGUCACCGUCCCCGGACUUCUGAGAAUUCAUGAAAAGAGUAGUUGACAUAGCUGGUGAGGGUCGUAGUGUGUCUGCUGUGAAGCGAACAGAAGAUGGCGGAAGUGACGAGCACGUCCCUGUGUCAGGAGGAAGGCUGGUAUCUUUCUGAAGAGGGAUUUGAAGCUUGUAAUGGUUCCUCGGAGAAACUGACUAAAAGUGCUAUUAUCCUCGUUGCUCUCAAUACAGACCUCAGAACCAUUGGAAAAAGAUUUCUCCCCAGCGACAUCAAUGGAGGAAAAGUAGAGAAGAUAGAUGGUCCAUGUGUUCUGCAAAUUCAGAAAAUCCGUAAUGUAUCUGCACCAAAAGACAAUGAGGAAUCUCAGGCAGCUCCUCGAAUGCUACGUUUGCAGAUGACGGAUGGGCAUACAUCGUGCACGGCCAUAGAGUUUAAUCACCUGUCAAAAGUCAGCUUGAACACUCCACCUGGCACAAAAAUAAAGCUAUUAGGAACUGUUGAAGUGAAAAAUGGAUGCUUGCUUUUGGAUGACACCAACACUGCCGUGCUUGGAGGUGAAGUGGAACCGCUCAUAGAGAAAUGGGAGCUGCAGAGGAGUUUAUCAAAGCACAGUCGAAGCAAUAUUGGAACUGAGGGAGGUCCUCCACCAUUUGUGCCUUUUGGACAGCGUUGUGCAUCUGUUACUUCAGUUGACAGCAGAGAACUUGAUAGCCGAAAGACGCUGCAGGCUCCGAGUGCCACCAAAUCUGUGGGGGAGAAUGAUGAGUUUGAAAAACAAAGGACUGCUGCCAUUGCUGAAGUAGCAAAAAGCAAAGAGACCAAGACGUUUGGAGGAGGCGGAAAUGCUGGAAGCAAUCUCAAUGCCGCUGCUGGAGGGAGUCGUAAUAGGGAAGUGUUCCAGAAAGAGAAGAUAAUCAGAAGUGAAGGUAGAUCGGAAGGAGUGUAUCGUGAGCUGGUUGAUGAGAAGGCUCUGAGACACAUCACAGAGAUGGGCUUCAGUAAAGAAGCAGCCAGACAGGCACUCAUGGACUUCAGCAACAAUUUGGAGGCAGCUUUAAAUUUUCUUCUUGCUGGCAGCAAACCAAAGCCUGUUCAAGGGCCACCACCCCGAGGUAAAGGAAAAGGUCGAGGAAGAACACGAGCAGAAGCUGACGAUGAAGUAACUAAUGCUAGACCUUCUGCACCUAGUACACUGUUUGACUUUCUGGAGUCCAAAAUGGGUACUUUUUCACUCGAAGAAGCAGUUGUCACUAAUUCUCGUCAUUUCUUGUAA